GCAUUAGACUGAGAGCGGAGCGCGGUGCACAGGGCAGCGGCAGGAGCAGUCAGGGCUGUGUGCCGGAGCGGCCUCCCCCUCCUCAGUCCACACCCCCAAGUGCUGGCAGAGCUCGGCUACUGGUGACAGUGACAGUCAGUGUGUGGCUCUAGGCGUGUGCUGGGAGAAGGUGGCAUCGCUCACCUAUUGUCUGUCGCCCACUGGUACCUACCUGACAGCAGAGGUGUCCGGGGAUGGCUGGCAUGCGGAGCUUCUAAGUGCACGGCAGGAUUCAGCGCAGGGGCCACAGACCGCAAGGAGAUCGCUCACUUUUCCUCUGGGGUUGGAUGAGAACGGGAGACUGGCAUCAUGAGCACCAACUCAAUGCCCUACCCACAUAGCUCUUACAGUUCUUCGGGGAGCUCUGGGCCUAUCCAAUGCUAUCGAUGUAGAGAGACAUGUAAAGGAGAAGUAGUGAGAGUGCAGACCAACCACUUCCAUAUCCGUUGCUUCACCUGUCAAGUGUGUGGCUGUGAUCUGGCCCAGUCUGGCUUCUUCUUUAAGAAUGGAGAGUAUAUCUGCACACGCGAUUACCAGCAACUCUAUGGGACCCGGUGUGACAGCUGCAGAGAUUUCAUUACAGGAGAAGUCAUUUCAGCGCUUGGACGAACAUAUCAUCCGAAAUGCUUUGUAUGCAAUAUGUGCAGGAAACCUUUUCCUAUUGGAGAUAAGGUCACCUUCAGAGGUAAAGACUGUGUUUGCCAGAAUUGUUCCCAGUCCUUAGUAAGUGACAAGCCAAUCAAGAUCCAUGGACCAAGCCAUUGUGCCGGGUGUAAGGAAGAGAUCAAACAUGGCCAGUCACUACUGGCACUGGAGAAACAGUGGCACGUCAGCUGCUUCAAGUGUCAGACAUGUGGCAUCAUCCUGACCGGGGAGUAUAUCAGCAAAGACGGCGUGCCUUACUGUGAGUCCGAUUACCACGCUCAGUUUGGGAUUAAAUGUGAAACUUGCAACAAAUACAUCAGCGGCAGAGUCCUGGAGGCAGGUGGCAAGCAUUAUCACCCCACAUGUGCCCGGUGUGUACGAUGCCAGCAAAUGUUUUCAGAAGGGGAAGAAAUGUACCUGACAGGCUCUGAAGUAUGGCAUCCAAUCUGUAAGCAAGCAGCCCGUGCAGAGAAGAAGCUAAAAUACAGAAGAGCUUCAGAAACCUCAAUUUCCCCACCAGGAUCCAGCAUCGGCUCCCCCAAUCGGGUUAUCUGUGCUAAAGUAAACAAUGAGAUUCUAAAUUACAAGGACUUAGCUGCCCUCCCUAAGAUUAAAGCAAUCUACGCAGUGCAGCGCCCUGACCUCAUUUCUUACGAGCCUUAUAGCAGAUACACGUCGGAUGAGAUGCUGGAGAGAUACAGCUAUGGGGAGGAUAUCUAUGAAGGAAUGGAUCUCCGUCAGAGAAGGUCAUCAAGCCCAGGAUAUAUUGAUUCUCCUCUCUACAGCCAUCGAGACCUCUCUCUCACCAUGCCACGCUCUCCCCAGCAUUACUAUAUGUCAGAUGAUCCCAAUGAAGCAACAAAGAGCAAAACAAGUGACGAUCUUGUGCACACUUCAAAAUAUCUGCCUCCGUAUUCUCCAGAUCCCUAUUACCAGUCAGAGCCUGAGUAUUGGAUGUACUCACCAAAGAUGCCUCGAGCGCGGAGGUUCUCCUCAGGAGGAGAGGAAGAUGGUUUUGAUCGAAGCAUGCACAAGCUCCAGGGAGGGAUUGGGAGAAUGAUCCUGAAGGAAGAGAUGAAGGCUCGGUCGUACAUUGAUCCUUGGACCCCUCCUCGAAGUUCGGCAGGCAGUAAAGAAGCUCUGCACAAUGUCGGCUAUGAUAAUGGAUCUCCCAACAAGUGUUACCUUGCAGACAAUGAUCCCCUGAUCUCCAAAUCUGCCUCACUCCCUGCCUACCGGAGGAAUGGACUUCACAGGCCACCCAGCGCCGAGCUUUUCCAUUACGAUAGUGCCAACGCUGUCAACUGGGGCAUGAGAGAGUACAAGAUUUACCCAUAUGAAUUACUCAUGGUGACCACUAGAGGGAGGAGUAGACUACCCAAAGAUGCAGACAGAACUCGACUGGAGCGGCACCUGUCAUCUGAAGAGUUCUAUCAAGUGUUUGGAAUGACCAUAUCAGAGUUUGACCGCCUGGCACUGUGGAAGAGAAAUGAGCUGAAGAAACAAGCCAGGCUUUUCUAACUCGCUCCACCAUGUGCCUCAAUACGUACACCUCUAUAAAUAUAUUUAUAAAUAUAUAUAUAUAUAGAACUUAUGUAUAACUACUACACAUAAUAUAUAUAUUGUAUCAUAGGAAGACCUCCACAGAACUGGUUUUGUACCUCUCAGGAGUGAUAGGGCCUGCAGCUUAUUUCUAUGCAGUGCGUUGUAGUCCCUUUCACUCCUGCCCGGGUUAUUCUGUGGAGAGAGAUAUUUUCAACUCUUGGUUAUAUUUUUUAAAUGCUGUUUUUUAUGCGCCGCUGUUUUGGAGAGUUUAGAGACUUCAAUGAACCUGCAACCUUAACAUUGUUACAACAAGUCUUGAAAACCCAUUUGUUUUGAUCUCUCGAAAUUCCCCCAUGGUAACUAAUUGGCAAGUAUGCCAAAUGUACGCUGGUCAUGUCAGCCAGAUCCCGGCGGUGUCACUGCAGAUUGUUUCAGUAUUAAGCCAACUGCUGACUAAUGUGUGGAAACAGGAUGAUGCUCCUUGCGUAACAGAAGCCGCCUUUACCUGCUCACGACAUUCCUUGCACGCUCUUUUCAGUUAUUGAUAUCAAUUUUAUAUAAAAGCUAUAUCGCUUAUAUUCAGCACCCGAAAUGCACCAAGUGACUUUUGGCAGACAUGGGUGCUCACCUUGUCACACAAUAGGUAAGGUCAGCUGAGGCAUUUGGAGCCUGCCACCAUAUGCAGAGAUGUAAGCGAAACAUGUAGCUCAUUCCUAUGAAUAAUGUAAAGUAAAUACAAAUAUUGGCUCCUCUUAAAAUUUCAUGUACACCUUCAGAGGGCAUUCUAACACUGUCUCAUCUACAGUAUAUUUCCCCAAUGUAAAGACUUGGACCACCAGUGCCCUCCUCAUGUUGAUGUAAUACUGCUGUCAGUGGGACAUAUUAUUUUUUUCUUUGCUGCAAAUAGUGCCCGCACCAUGUGAUUUCACUGUGACAUGUACUAUUUUUAUAUCUUUUAUAAUUUGCACUUUUCUUCAGGUGACAUUUUUACUUUUUAUAAUGUGCUCCAAUUUUCAUAUGCACAGAUUUCUUAGCAUUGGAUACAAAAAGCAUUUUAUAAAUUGAUUGUUACUGCUGUCCCGUAUUCAUUUCUUAGUAUAGAGGAUUAGGCUAGGUCCAAAACCACGCCAAUCUGCCUGUUGACUGCAUCUAAAAGCAUUGCAUUGUCACUUGCCAUGCAGUAAACUGCCAUAUAGCUGCAUAACCAUGUGGCCAGGGGCAGACUGGGAACUUAAAGUGGCCCUGGAAAAAACUAAAAGUGGCCCCAAUGUUGUAGAUGGAUCUGAAUAUGGGCCAAUACAAGUUGGCAGGGUCAGUAAUACCUUAGUACAGCAAAAAAUACCAUCCUACAGAACUAAAUCCCACUUUGUGGCACAAAAUACCUUUCCAGAAGCUGUCCCUCUGUCGUGACCAUCAAUAGCUGCCACAUUCUAUCCUUCCAAUUGUCUCUAAUAUGGAUAUGGAACAGAGGUCUUAGGAGGUGAAAUGUGGGCCACAACACCAAUCAGCCCUACAUUUAGCAUGCUGCCUGGACUUCUUGUAAUGAUGAACCCUAUAGUUCCUCCAGUAGUAUGUACUGGAGGGCUCGGGUGGCCCUAUGGGCAUUGGUACACUGCGAAAAUUUCCUGUAGGGUCUAUGGCCAGUCUGCUCCUGCAUUUGGCCCUUAAUAACGAAACUGCUUUUAGCUGCAGUUGGCUUGAAAACUGGCAUGUAGAUCCGUGCAGUUUGCUCCUUUGUGGGGCAGCCAAACAAACUUUUUUUUAUUAUACAUCUUAACCCUACAUUGCUAGGCAAGAAUGUCCUACCGUAUUAUACUGUAUGCAUUAUUGUAUGUAUUAUUAUACAUAUAAAUGAUAUACAUAAAUGAGCCUCUUUAAAGAGAUAACGGUAGGGGCAUAUCUUUGUUGAAAAGAAAAGUGAAACUAAAAGGCCCUCCUAGACAUAAGGUCAAUAGGUUACGUCGCAGGAAAGAAGGAUUGGACAUAUUGAAUUUCACCACCCAACCCAUUUGUUCUCAGGAGAGCAGAUAAGCUGAAGCCUCAGGUGCCUGGUAUUGGCUUUGGGCCCUUUUAUACAGGCUGAGGAUUGGGUUAAUUAUCAGGACCAUAAGUACAUACAAAGGGUCAUUUUAAAUAAUUGGCCUGUGUAAAGGUGACACCAAUGCUGAUCGCAUCUUUAAUGGAGCACCUAAAAUCAUCAACCAUAGGCAAGCAUUCAUUAUAACUGUCGUUCAUUCCUCUUUCGCUUUGCAUCAAGCUGUGUGAAAGACCUUUUAAAUGAGCACUGAUCAACUUAUAUAUUGUCGAUCAGCAAUCGUUAUUGGACCAGCAUUGACCCAUGCAAUAGGGCACUUACUCCCUUCUCCCCACUGAGAACAUGCGUUUGGAGAAGCUGAGAGGAAUAGCUGUUAAACAACAGCUAGUGAAGGUAUAUGGCCACCUUAGGCCCUCUCCGCCAUUCAGAAGUGCUUUCAUCUCAUGAUUCAUGAGCCCUAAAGUGAGCUUAUCAGUUUUUAAAAACAAAUAAAAAAAUAAAAAACUUGAAACCGGCUAAUUUCAACAAGGGGAAUCAAACUUUGCAGUCAGUAAAAUGAAUUUGGACUAGGGAUGAGCAAACCUCUGUUUUCAAGUUCGGCGUACAAGGUUCAGGUUAUCUAACAAUUCCAUUAUAGCGGGAGAUAACUUGGUGCGUGGUAGAGAAAUCCAUAACGGAAUUCUUAGAUAACCCGAACCUUGUACGUCAAACUUGAAAACACAAGUUUGCACAUCCCUAAUUUGGACUAAUCAGUGUGCUUUCACGCAAUGGUCCAUCCACAUUCUCCCAUCCCCACAGUCUUAGAAAUCAACUCCCCAGAGCCAAAGGAUGACACUGAUUACAGUGGAAACUGUGAUGCUUCCAUACUCCCAAUUGACAAAAGGGGUGGAGACAGGAAAAAUUAUCAAGUUCCCUGGAGAACGUGGAGUUUUACAAAUGUGAAACGUACUUUCUCCAACUUAACAAAUAGCAUGUGACUGUCUGGUUGCCUUGUUAUAGUGAUGGCUUAAGGGGUUAUGUAAUUUCUAAAGCAUAUGCGCACCCAUUUUGCAGUUUACUGUACAUUGUCCAUUAGAUGGUGCUCUUCCAUUACAUCAGGAGGGGAAGUGAUUUGGCAGAUAUGUAUUCAUCCCAAGAUUUAGACCUGCUUUGCACCAGUAUGGGAAAUAGUAAUAAAGCACUCCUACUGCACAGAAAUUACAAGCGACCGCUGCUGGUUGGCUUCUCGAUUAUAAAACUGGCUAUGCACAUUAGAUUAAUGUCAGAUGAACCUGCCAAUUUUGGUGACUGGCCAACUAACUAAUAUGUGUGGAUGCCUCUCAACUCUUUCCUGAUGUUAGAUGUCCAGGGAGAGGAGGAUUAACCAGUUGGAUCUCAACAUGCCCAAUCCCUUGUUCUCUGGGGAGAUAAGCCACCAGCAGUUUUUUCUGGCAGUGGAUUAGGCUGUUCUCCCCAUGCCAAACAUGUGCCAUGAGUGGUUGGGUGGUUGGUUUACAGCCAUCUCCCUGACUUAUUUUACAAAAUAUAUAUUACAGCACCCUAUGUGUACCACUGGUACCCGUCUCUCUUUUCUAUGUCUACUUGUUAGGGAUCAUAAUUCACUUUCCCCUUAGGCAGCAGUAACAUCAGAAUCACUCUUUUAUUGAAUAAACGCAUGUAUUAAAACGCAGAUUAUCCCUGAAACAUUCCUAUGAGAAUAGUGCAGAACGGUACAAUGACCAGCCAUCAUAUUAUUGUGGUUGCUCAAUAAUUCACUGUGAAAUGAAUAACAACCUGCAGUGACAUCCUGACCGUACAGCAUACACGCCUUAGUAAGCCCCUAAAACAGCACGUCCCAUGAGCCUCUUCUCAUGUUUUCUUGAGAAACACCUUAGGCAAGGAAAACACUUGGACACAACGGCCAGUGCAGCAGAAGUUCUUCUCUCUGAAACAUUUCUUAUCUCUGUUUGCCUUGAAUUUGGAUUCCAGAUUUGUUAACUAUUAAAAAAAAAACUGUUGCCUCUAUGUGUCGUCUUUUUGUGAC